AUGUAUCGUGAUUCAGAGGCGCAAACUGACCCAUAUUCUCCAUUGUAUGUUGUUAAUACAGGGGAAAACCUUGAGACACUGAAAUUAACUUCGUUGAGUUAUGGAUAUGGACUUCCAGUCGGAUUAUUUGAUGUUGAAAGAAUUGAACGUGCAAGACAAAGACGAGAAAUUGAAGCAAAUUUACCGCCGUAUAAAGAUAUUGCAAAUAAUCUGGUACAGAUUGCCAAACGACGUAAAAUUUUGGAAGGUUUAGAAAAUCGUGAAUGGUACUUCAGAGAAAGAGAGGUUGAAGCGUAA